GACGUAACAGGGGUCUAUUUUAGUGAGCCAUUCACACGCAGGAUUCAACCCAUAAAUCCAUCACGAAAAACAUAUAACGUUUAUUGUUCUUCGACGCCACCACACAACUCAUCGUGCUCUGAUUGCCUCCUAGUUCAAGCGUCUAUACAGAGAAAAAAACAUGUCUGAAGGGUAAAAAAAAACUAAGUAUACUGCCACAAGGCGGCUGCUCUUGAAAAGCAAAUUAUUGAAGAAGGCCACGUCCAUGCUGGCAGCUGAAAAAGAGCAGAAUAAAAGAGAGAGGGAUGAGGCUCUUAAUGAGAGGGUUCCUCCUCUCAAACUAUCUGGUCUGCCUGCACAGGAGCUCCAGGAACUUUGCAAAGAACUUCACCGCAAGAUUGAUGUUGUUGAUGAGGCGCGAUACGAUCUUGAAAUUAAAGUGGCUAAAAAUGAAAUAGAGAUCCAGUCGUUGACUCAGAAGAUUUGGGAAAUGAAGGGUACAAAGCAACGAACCAAACUGAAGAGAGUUAAGAAGUCACACGAUGCCAAGCUCGAUGCGCUGACUGAAUCCAAAAUGUCAUCAAAGUCCGAUUUCAAAGCCAACCUGAAGACAGUAAAGAAAGAAGAAGAGAAGAAAGAAGAGGUGACUGACUGGCGUAAGAAUGUGGAGGCUAUGUCUGGAAUGGAGGGCAGGAAGAAGCUGUUUGAUGCUGGACAAUAAAAACGUAGCAAAGUAAACUUGUGACUUGACAUCCAGCACAUUUACCAACCAAGUUUGUUAAUUCAAGGUUGCCAUUGUUUUUUACUUCUCAGACUCUGUAA